CUCCCAGUGUCGAAAUCAGGCAGCGGCGAAGGCAGCAUUCGUAACUCGAUGGUGUCGCUCGGCCUUGGUGACCGGCAACCUGCGCCACUUCGGGUUCCGAUGAGCCCAACGCGCCUUCUACCAGCAAGCUUGUUUCAAACUGGGACCGUGAGCAGCUUCAAUAGUAGCAGUACUAGUUCAGUGCAGAAGCGUACAUCACCUAGUGGUUCUCUGAGCAGUCCUUUGUCGAAGCCUCGUUUCUCAGUUGCUGCUUUCACAACAGGCGCGUAUGAGAACGAGGCGCCGGAUAUGACCCCAGAUCAGGCAAAGGCAGAGAUCAUGCGUCGACUCGAGAAGAAGGACAUCACAGCGAGCAGAAAGGGGUCAUCAAAUUCGUCCACCAAGAAGUUCUCUCUGAAGAGGUCGAACACAGCAGGCAGCAGCAAUGGAAGUCCCACCAUAGAUCAUCUCAGCCGAGUCCUCGAAGAAGUCGCAACAGAGGGCAGCCUAUCUCUUGUAAAGGCUGUAGUGUCCAUGGGUGCAGACCCUUCUGGCAGAACAAAGAAAAGCAAAAAUGAGGCAUUAGCGAAAGCAACAACGUCAGGGCACGCAAGGGUGGUUGAUUUCUUGCUUCGCAACGGCGCAAAUUACGGCGAUGUUCGUCUGAAAGUUAAGUACACUCCAAUCGAUUAUGCACUUUUGUCUGCUGCAUACAAGGAACAUGCAGAGCUCGCAAGCUGCCUCAUAGCCUCUCAUGGUGCCAAGCCUGUGGCUGAACAAUGGCCACGCCAGCUCGAAGAUACACAGUACUACUGGGCAGAGACGCAAGUCCAAUUAGCGAAAUUAAGCGUCCUGGAUGGAAUAUCGCGUUGGGAGAACGUUGAAGCUGGCAUGAGCGUCAUGAGGUUCAUCAUGGGCAGCUCCAAAUUUGACCCUGCGGCUCUUGUUUCCGGAUCGUUCGACAGCAAAAGCGAAUUACAGUCUACCAACUACCAGAACCGACCCUGGCAAACCACAUAUGAAGUUUCGGUCCUUGCUUGUUUCGCGGGUGCCGGCUGGGCCGACACCGUCGAGGAGAUGCUAGCUCUGAAAAGUGCCACGAAAGAUUACGAAAAGGAAGAUGAUCUUCAGCAACACCAAGGAAAGAAGACACGCUUCGUCUCCCCCGUUAGUGCGCUCAGUAAAGAGACGUGGCAAAGGAGGCCGGAUGAUGCACUGCGUAUAUUGCAUCUGCUUGCUGACAGAAACUUCGACUUAUGCCUUUCUCAGCGCACACAGACGGACGCGGGACAGAGGACACCUAUGGGUAGGGCUAUUGCGGCAGAUGCAGCGCAAGGCGUUGAGCUUCUUUUGCAGCACAAGCCAACACUGAUCAGAGAAGAAAUUUUCUUCAGGCGUAACAAGAGGGAAACCAAAGCCUUGCCAUUCGUCGUUGCAAUCGCACUAGAUAGGUUAGAAGUCUCGAGAGUGCUGCUUCGAUCUGGUGCCCAUCCCAGAGAUCCCGCGAUUGAGAAUAUGAACACUCUGCAAUUUGCAGCAAGCGAAAACGGCGAGGCAGCAACGGCGGUACUACACGAGAUGCUUCCAAUGGCUUCCGAAUUUACCUACGAGGCACUCGACGUCGCCAUAAGGCGAAAGAACAAGAGCAAUGUGCGCGUAUUAUUGGACUACAUCUCCGCAGCUGCCAGUCGCGGCGAGAUUGCAGCCUUGCCUCCAGUAUACGACUCGAUCCUGCUCUGCACCGAAACUGACAAGGAUGUGGAGACCAAAUUCAGCUACGUCGGACUCAUCGAUAUGAUACAUCAGUGGGACGCAGGCCGAGCUCUGCAUCGGCCGCAACUUCCAUCGAUCCUCAAUGCUAUCCGGAAAGAUAACUACGCCGGAGUCGAGAAGCUGAUGCAACUUGGCAUAGUCACUGGAAAGUCAUUGGUAUUAAAUAGCAAGGCCCGUCCAAUCGGCGAGUUGGGCGAAUGCACAGUGCUGGAGUGCUGCGAGACCACGAAGCGGAGCUCGGAUUGGCUCGCUAUGUUGAGAUACCACGGAGCGCUGUUGUAUUGAUAGUUUCUUCGAGAUGGAGUGAUAGUCCGGCGUUCGAACCCUUUUGAUGCAUUUCUCGACAUGUAUCAUGUGUUGCUAUUGUAAGCAUCAUGAUGUGUACCUGGUUCGGCGUCAGUUGCUGCUUGUUUCAUCACGCCAUUUCCACUAUUG